AUGCAUGAAGAUGGGACCUAUCCUUGGAAUGAGCUCUCCUAUGGUUGGCAGCCUCUAAGUUCUGCGCCCAACAGCUUCAGACCCCUGCACCAUGUGUCGUAUAGUUUUUAACCUGUUUCUUACAUGUACAAGUUUCAACCAGCUUGCUCUUCUUGUGGGGGUUGGCAAUCUCCAUUUUUUAGAAGUUUGUGCUGA